AAGUAGAAGAGUUUUCAAAUGCUCCAAGGGUUUCGAUGGAGCCCUCACGGUUUUUGGGUUUGCCAAGCAAGGUUCUUCAACAAAAAAAUCCGUCAGCGAACACAUUACGAAGUGCUCGGUGUUGAAAGCACGGCGACACUUUCUGAAAUUAAAUCUGCAUUUUAUGCACAAUCGAAAAAAGUCCAUCCUGACAACUCAUCCGAAGAAUCUGCAACAGCUAGCUUCUUGGAACUCAAAAAUGCAUAUGAUGUGCUCAGAAGACCAGCUGAUCGUCGACUUUAUGAUUAUCAAUUGAGAGGUGGUGGUGGAAGAUAUCCGAAUGGAGGACAACGAUAUCAAUAUCCGAAUACAGCUCCACAAUAUGAUUUUAGUCGAGACUGGUCCACGUAUUGGAGUCAGAAUCCGGAUAACUCCCGGUCGAGUCGUGAAGAACGAGAUAAAUCUUCAAGAGAAUUUAUGAAAUCAAUUGUUAAAUGGACUGCCAUUGGUUUAGUACUUGUUGCUGGAUAUAAUGGAGGAUAUUUAUAUCUUCUGGCUUAUAAUCAAAAGCAACUAGACAAAUUAAUCGAUGAAGAUGAGAUUGCAAAAUGCUUUUUGCGGCAAAAAGAGUUCCGAAAUGCUAACUUUGAAAGCUCGGAGGUUGCUGAAAUUGGAAGAAUAUUAAAAGCUGACGUUGAUGAGAUUUGGAAGACGAAAACCCAAAGAAAUGAAAAUGAGAUUCGAGAAGAAUAUCGGUGGUUCCGAGCUCUCCAAGACGCAGAUCAUAUUCGUAGUCUCAAAGAGAAACGAAUGGAGCAAAAGCAGAAAGAGCGGAAUAAAUGGAGAAGCAACGACGAAGAAUAGAUAAUUUAUUAGAACAUUAACUAGACAUAGAUUGUUACUCGAUGUAUGACCUCCCUGUGAAAAUGUAUUUUUUUUUGUAUGCCAAUAUACCAUUCAUUCUCAUUCUGUACAAAUUUAGAUGCAAAAUUUAUUAUUUCGACGGGUUUUAGAAUUAGCGAGAAAUAAAGAUUGCAAAUUUAA